AACUACAAGAUGAGAAGUGGAUUGCCUAAAACCGGUGCGGUUAUUUUGUUGUCGUUUUUGUUGAGCUUGCGAGCGGUGUUCGGGAUCAGGUUUGUGAUUGACCGAGAGGAAUGCUUCUCUCACGACGUCAAGUAUGAAGGGGAUACAGUCCUUGUCUCCUUUGUGGUAGUCAAGGUUGAUUCUUCUUGGCAUUAUAGUGAAGAGGGUGUUGAUCUUGUGGUGAAAGGACCGACUGGGGAUCAGAUUCAUGAUUUUCGUGACAAGACAAGCGAAAAAUUCGAGUUUGUGGCUCACCGAAAAGGAGUUCACCGUUUCUGCUUCACUAACAAGUCACCUUCUCAUGAAACCAUAGAUUUUGACGUGCAUGUUAGCCAUUUUUCAUACUAUGAUGAGCAUGCAAAAGAUGAGCACUUGAACCCUUUGUAUGAACAAAUAUCGAAGUUAGAGGAAGUUCUUUACAACAUCCAGUUUGAACAGCACUGGCUAGAAGCUCAGACCGAACGACAGGCGUUAGUGAAUGAGGCAAUGAGCAAGAGGGCAGUUCAGAAGGCGUUCUUCGAAUCAGCAGCGCUGAUAGGUGCCAGUGUUCUCCAGGUUUAUCUUCUCCGACGCCUCUUUGAACGGAAGCUUGGGAUGUCUAGGGUCUAGUCCAGUAUCUUCUCCGACGCCGAGAGGCAUCUCGGUUCUUAUUUGAUGUUUUUGUUAUACUGGUUAACGCUUCAUAAUAUUUGAAAAUGAUUCGUAAGUUAAUACCAUCUCUAAUCUCCGGAUCAACAACUUUAAAGGCCUAGAGGACUUGAGUUAGAAAAUUUAUCAUCAUCUUAUAACAAAAAAAUACAAGUAGCAAGACAAACCUUUGAUAGCAAAAGGUUUACAAUACUAUAGUGGCAUCAUUCAUUAUAUUGAAUGUAAAAAAAAAGUACAAGCAAAUAAAGCAAGAGAAAAU